AUGCAUGUUUGCCGCUUUGCCGCCGCAAGCCAAGGAAACAUCGUGGUGGAAUGCCGAAAACGUGAUGGUGAGACCCACGCCAUUUCACAGCUUAUCAUCGUGGCGAUGUCUUUGGGACUUCUGUGCUUUUUCACUGCAGACGCAAUGAAGGAGAGCUGGAGCACGGUCCAAGUUUGCCGGGGCAAGAAGGACGCGGAGGAUGAGGAUGACGUGAACGGUUGGAUCACCUUGGGUUUUGCCCUGGGGGGUGUGGGGUUCGACCUGAUGUGUUUGUUGGAGUUUUACAAGAGCAAUAAGAAGACUGGAAGCGGUAAGAGUGUGAACAUGUUCUCGGCCUUUUUGCACGUCAGCGCCGACUUUCUUCGCUCUUCUACCACCCUGGUGAUGUCACUGAUGAUUUUGUUGUGCAAGGUUGACUCCUCCACCUGUAUCGAUGCCUACUCCAGCGUCUUCAUUGGUGUGACCAUCUUUGCUGGUGCCUUCGUGGGUUUCUUCAAAUGGAUUAAGCUGCUGAUCACUUUCGUCUGCAAAGAACGGCCCGAGAAGUGA